CCGAACAAAGGAAGACUGGAGGGAAUUAAAUUCUCUGCUCGGAACCCGCGCCCCUUACCGGUCCUUCCUCGUCUGCAAUUGAUGUUCCAAUUCUCUCAUCCGUGCUCGAUGCUACUCUCCACGGAUCUCUAGUACGAGUACCCGACAACUUCCGUCCCAAAAGCAGUUGCUUUCGACCGGCCACCUUUUUUUUUCGUGUGAUUCAACUUUUUGUGUUUCUCUUUGCUCUUCAACCUCCUCCCGGUCUGACCAAAUGGCGCCUACUUCACGAUCUCAAACCCAGACCACCACCUCCUCCAACACCACCUCCUCCUUCAACUCUUCGUGUUCGACACCACACAGUCAGCUAGCCUCUCUAGGCAUGGAUGAUGAUUCGGAUUGUUCGAGCCUGAGCUCAGCUCCUCCCUCUCCGAUGACACCACCGGAGUUCUAUCCGUCGCCGCCCCCAUCGCAGCAAGAAACGGAGGAAGCUAGUAGUGGUAAUGGUAGUGCUGCCGCCCGCAGCCAAGACGACUUGCCGCCCGCUCGGAAGAAGCGUCGGGUGGCCGCCCCUAAGGAACGCUGCACUCAGCAUCUUGACCUAUCGUCUGGCGCCUCCCUCUCCUAUGAUCAGCAGCAGUCGCAGAUCGAUUAUCUCGUCAAGACUCUCCGCCGUCAUCGCAAAAUUGUCGUCAUUGCCGGUGCUGGCAUUUCCACGUCUGCAGGAAUUCCCGAUUUCCGCUCCAGCGAUGGUCUCUUUAAAACUCUGCAAAAGAAACACAACCUCAAAGCGUCGGGAAAGCUCCUCUUCGAUGCUGCGGUGUAUCAGGAUGAAGCCUUGACCGCUUCUUUCCAGGACAUGGUCCGGUCGCUGUCGGAGGAGGCUGCCAACACCUCCCCAACCGCGUUCCACCACAUGCUGGCUCGUUUGGGCCAGGAAAACCGCCUUACGCGCCUCUACACUCAGAACAUUGAUGGGAUUGAGACAUCAAUGCCCCCGCUGGUCACCCAGAUUCCUCUUAAUGUCAAAGCGCCAUGGCCGCGCACCAUUCAAUUGCACGGUAGUCUCGAGAAAAUGGUGUGUCAGAAGUGCCGCCAUUUGAGUAACUUUGAUGGGAGUUUGUUCGAUCGGCCGGAUGCCCCUGAGUGUCCCGAGUGCGUCAUCAACAACCAAUUCCGCAUGGACACGGGCCAGCGAAGUCACGGGAUCGGCAAGAUGCGACCGCGCCUCGUCCUCUACAACGAACACAACCCGGAUGAAGAAGCCAUCACCUCCGUCAUGAAUGCAGACAUUCGCUCUCGCCCGGAUGCUCUAAUUGUGGUGGGCACGAGUUUGAAAAUCCCCGGCGUCCGUCGCCUAGUAAAGAGCCUGUGCUCAGUGAUUCGGAGUCGUCGCAACGGUGUGACCAUGUGGAUCAACAACGAACCCCCCAGUGGGAAAGAGUUCGAGGACUGCUGGGAUUUGAUGGUCAAGGGGGAUUGCGAAGAAGUCGCUCGGCUCGCAGGGCUCAAGCGCUGGGAUGCUCCAGAGGAGGUAUUUGAUGAAUGCAAUCUGUCCGAGGCCGAGCGGGUGAAAAAUGAGCAAGGAGAAGUCGAGAUUGUCAUCCAGACGCCCCGGAAGAAGCAGCGCACACCUACUGGGUUUCUUACUCCGUCUUCCAGCCAUGACGAGGAGAUUUCGAAGGACUUGUCCGAAGCACUAUCCAAAUCCGCGUGCCCCAAUCCCGCUAGCCGCGGACGCAGUCUUCAGGACGUCCUCCAAGCCUCCAAGACCAGCGGCACGAAGAAGGCUGCGCCCAAGAAAACUGUGCCGAAGAAGCGGACAAGGAAGACAGAGCCGGCCAAGAACUCAAAGAUCAACAACUUCGGAAGGGUCACUAAGGCGCAGAAGGUCACGGCCGACGGCGACAAGGCUGUCAAGUUGGAGAAGGAAGACAACAAGCCGAUGGUUCCCCUGCCUCCAGGCGCUGCGCGCAACAAUGGCCCGAUGGUUCCUCAGCUGGUGGGCAAGGGCGAAUCGACGCCUCCUCGGAGCACCAGCCGCUGGCAACAGCCGGAGACCAUCUCGCCAAAAUCGGUUCCCAAUGGGAUGAGCAGCCUUCUCAACGAGCCGGCUGCGUAAAUACUGCUUGAUGUUUUGUUUUCGCGGGAUUUCAGUCGGGGAUUUGUUCGGAUCUGGUUUACGGAGAUACCAAUGAUAGACUAUUCGGGGUGCUGGCGUUUCAGGUGUUCGGCAGAAAAUGGAGGAUGUCCACGAGAGCAUUUAUUGAUGGAUGGGAGGGCUGCGUCCGCUCUGGCUUAGCUCAUUAUUUCUACCUCUACCCGAGCCUACGGGUUCAACUGUACUAUCACAAUGCAUAAUAUGGCAACCGCUGGGCGUUGUCGAAGGCAAUUUCU